AUGGGCUCCCAAGCAGCAGGCAGCCGGUUCCGGCAAAUUCAGAGCUUCGAGACCGACUAUGCACCAACGCGCAUUACUCAGUAUGAGUCUGAGCGAAGUGGCAUGCAGGUCGUUGUAGCUCGCAGGCCCGGACCCAAAGUGAACGGAUACUUCACUCUCGCAACCGAGAUCUUUGACGACUCCGGAGCGCCGCAUACACUCGAGCACCUGGUCUUCAUGGGAUCGCGCAGCUAUCAGUACAAAGGACUCCUCGACAAGCUGGCUUCGCGGGCAUAUGGCUCCACCAAUGCCUGGACGGCCACAGAUCACACUGCUUACACUCUAGAGACAGCGGGCUGGCAGGGCUUCGCGCAGAUUCUACCAGUAUACCUUGAGCACCUGGUUGUGCCCACGAUAACUGAUGCGGCGUGCUUGACCGAGGUCCACCACAUCAAUGGCGAGGGCAAUGAUGCUGGUGUUGUCUAUUCAGAGAUGCAAGGCGUUGAGAACACCAGCACCGAGCUCAUGGACCUGAGGGCGAGGCGGCUGCUCUAUCCAGAAAAUGUGGGUUUCCGCUACGAAACUGGCGGUAUGACUGAAGCGUUACGCAAGCUUGGCACCGACAGGAUACGGUCCUUCCACAAGGAGAUGUAUCAGCCCCGAAACAUGUGCUUGGUGAUUGUGGGCGAGGUCGACGAAGAGAACCUGUUGCAGAUCCUUGACGAGUUUGAGCGGAGCAUCGAGCACGAUAUUCCACCACGAGAUGCCCCCUUCAAACGGCCGUGGGAAACCAUUGUCGAGACGGUCGAGUUCCCCGAAGAUGACGAAUCUACGGGCGAGAUCGUGGUUGGCUUCUUCGGCCCCGACUGCACCGACAUAGUCAACACCACAGCUGCGAACAUCAUGCUCACAUACCUUUGCGGCUCAUCCGUGGCAGUGCUGGAGAACGUCAUCGUGGAGAAAGAAGAGCUCGCCAGCUCCGUAUCCUUCUGGUGGGAUGCUCGACCUAAUAGCGUCAUCUGGCUUCAGCCUACCGGUGUCCUGACUAAGAAGCUCGCUUUCGUUGAGAAACGCCUCAUUAGUCUUCUGAAAGAGGUGGCAUCCAAGCCACUGGACCUUGUAUACAUGAAAGAGUGCAUUCAGCGAGAGCGACGACAGAUCAAGGCUCAGGCCGAAGAGUCUGAGCAAUUCUACUCCUCCAACAUCAUCACCGACUACCUUUUCGGCAAGCGUGAUGGAAGCUCGCUGAAGGACUUGUCGAGUCUCUCAGAGUACGACAUCCUGGAGACUUGGACCGAUGAGCAGUGGCGGGCAUUCUUGAGCAAAUGGAUGGCAGAUGCUCACCAUGUGUCAAUCUUGGGAAAGCCGUCCAAGAAACUUUCCGAAAAACAGAAGGCUGAAGAAGAGGAGAGGAUAGCGAAGAGAAAGGCGGAGCUCGGUGAAGAUGGGCUGAAGAAGCUGCAAGAGGAUUUGGACGCCGCAAAGAAGCAGAAUGAGAUUGAGAUCCCGGCUGACUUGUUGGAGGAAUGGCCAGUCCCGCCGACAGAAUCCAUCCACUUCAUCGAGUCUCAGACUGCGCGGUCUGGUUUGGCUCGCCACCUUGGUGUUCACAACAACUCUGCGCAGAAGGUGGUUGACCAGUCUGCUGGAAAUCUGCCCAUCUUCCUCCAAUUCGAGGAUGUCCCUACCAACUUUGUGCACCUUGCUGUGCACAUCGGCACAUCUGCUGUCCCUGUGCAGCACAAGCCUCUGCUUUCCGUCUUCCACGACAAUUUCUUCAACACUCCCAUUAACCGCAAUGGAGAGCAAGUAGACUUCGAAAAAGUCGUCAUGGAGCUUGAACGGGAUACAGUCAGCUACAUGCUUGACCGUGGCAAAAACUUUGGGGAUUGCGAGAGCUUCGUCAUUCGCAUGCAGGUGGAGCCAGAGAAAUACAGUACGGCUGUCCAGUGGCUCCGCACCAUGAUGUUUGACAGCAUCUUUGAUCUUACCCGGCUCAAGGCUGGCGUCGCGAAACAGCUGGCAGACGUGCCCGAGAGCAAGCGUGAAGGAAGACUGAUGGCCAGCGAGAUCGAAGUCGCGAUUCACAACGAACACUCAUCGUUGCUUGCAGCUCAGAGCACACUGGUCAAGGCCAUAUACCUGAAAAGGCUCAAGAAGCUUCUCGAGCGUGAGCCAGAGAAAGUUCUAUCCUGGUUCGAGGAGGUCAGGCAGUCACUAUUCACAGCCGACAACAUGCGGAUCCUCGUGACGGCAGAUAUUACCAAUUCCAAGGUGCCACGACCAGUAGAGACAUGGGAAAUCCUCAACCAGGCAUUCAAGUCAUCGGCUGAGAAGAUGAACCCCAUCCUGAAGCCGCAUACUCUUUUGAACGAGGAGGGACUCACCCCCGGCUCGAUUGGCGCGACGAUUGUACCGAUGGCCACUCUGGACAGUUCUUUCUCCGUCAGCACUGCCAAGGGUAUAACUUCAUUUGACGAUCCUGCCGUGCCAGCACUAUUGGUCGCUGUACAAUAUCUCGAGACUGUCGAAGGCCCGCUAUGGAAUGCGGUGCGCGGCAACGGCUUGGCGUACGGUGUUUACUUCUCCAAGGAGGUCAAUGGCGGAUACCUCCAUUUCAAGGUUUACCGCUCCCCACUCGCGUCCAAGGCCAUCAUUGCCGCCAGGGACGCUAUUGCUGCCCUUGCGAACGGCACGGUUGAGUUUGAGAAGCCCAUGAUCGAGGGUGCCAUCAGCCAGCUCGUCAUGUUCAUGGCGGACGAGCAGUCCACAAUGGCGACCGCGGCCAUGCAGAGCUACAUUACAGGCGUGGUACGCGGGCUGGAUCGGGAUUACAACACCAAGCUACUGGCCAAAGUACGCGCCGUCACCGUCGAUGACAUCAAGGAGGCCAUGAAGAUUUGGUUGCUGCCAGCAUUUGAGCCUGGCAAGAGUAACAUUGUCCUCUGCUGCGCGCAGACAAUGACAGAGAAAAUCGAGAAGGAGCUUCAGGACAUCGGCUACAAGACUCAGGUGAAGCAGUUAUCCGAAUUCUUCGACUCAUACGGCUUGGAAGCACCGGAUGGGGAGGAAGACGAGGACGAUGAUGACGACGAUGACGAAGAAGAUGACGAUGACGAAGAGUCUGGUUCUGACGAUGGCAGCGAGGAGGAUGAGUCCGAAUCAGAAUAG